UUUUUCAACUUCUGUCAUCAUCGAUAGUUUCGAGUAAACAUAGAUUUUCGUUCCUAAUUGCUAAUUGAAUUGUAAAUUGAGAGUAAAAAAGCACGGGAAUAGCAGCCAUGGCCACCUUGGAGGACAAACUACUGGGCGAGAAGCUGGAGUACUACUGCAGCAGCAGCGAGGGCGAGGACAAUGGCGACGACGGCGACGGUGAUGAUUGCAAGGGGGCUGCAUCCGGAAAGUCCGGCCUAACCAUUGACACAAAUCCGGAUGCGACUCCGGCCGGAGGGUUCCGGCAGCAGGGUUCGACGAACACUGGGCCCAAGGGCGUGGUCAAGGACUGGCAGCGAUUCAAGCAGCUAGAGGCGGAGCGCCGGGACGAAACGGAGCGCCAACGUCUGGCGCUGGCCAAGAAACUGACAAUCACGUCGGCCACCGCGGCGGAGGAUGAGGAGCGCAAGCGGCAGGAGGAACUGGACGCCGAGCUGGACGAACUGAUGAGCGAGGACUUCCUGCAGCAGUAUCAAAAACAGCGGAUGGCCGAGAUGCUGCGCCAGACGGGACACAACCAGCAGUUCGGCAAGGUGCAGCAGUUGACCAGCCACGAGGAGUUCCUCGCCUGCGUGGAGCAGGAGAACAAGCACACCACCAUUAUCAUCCACAUCUACGAGCGACAGCUGGCCGCCUGCACGACGCUGAAUAAAUGCCUCGACAGCCUGGCCAGCGACUAUCCGUCCAUAAAGUUCGCCAAGAUCUGCAGUUCCGUUGCCGGAAUGAGCCGGGAUUUCCGCACCAAGGGACUGCCCGCCCUGCUGGUCUACAAGGCGCAAGCGGUCAUCGGCAAUUUUGUGCGGCUAACCGAUGAUCUCAGCGACGACUUCUUUGCCUCCGAUGUCGAGAGUUUUCUCAUCGAGCACGGCAUUUUAGUGGACAAAGCUCUGUAUAAUUAGAUUGGUGGCCUACGAUAUUGACUGACAAGUAAUCUAAUUUAAAUUGUUUCAAACUUGUAAAACCUGAAUUUAUAUAAAAUGGCAUGCAUAUUUUCAAACCAUUAUUCUUACUUGUCAGUUAAUAUCAACGCUAAAACCACCUUUGACCAAAUAUGUGUUCGUAAGAUUAGCAAGUAAGAAAACUUAAGCCAGGCCCGCCCUAUUUAAUUUUUGCAAUUUUAUUAUUUAUAUUUUUCAUUCAGUAAUAAGUUACAUUAUAUGUAUGAAUCUUUUCUUUACAUUUUUGUAUACAGAAUUUCUUAAAGUGCAGCUUUCACAAAAUAGAAAAUGUCUCGAAAGUGAAGAAAAUCAAAAAAAUAAAAAAUGUAAUCGAAAUGCAUUUGGCACUUGAAUUUGUAUGGAACAGAUCCUGCUCACUAAAUAUAACGUAUAGCUUACCUUUUUAUCAUUAUUUACAAUAUCAUUUAUAAUUAUGUAAUAGUAUUUUGUGGCUAAUGAAUGUACUUCAAUUCAACUCGUACUCUGUAAGAUUUAUACAAGUAUAUAUUUUGUAACUUAUAGCCUACCAUAUACAGCAAUCAAAAUAAUGUUGAUACAAUAAAAUUUUUUUUGCUUAUCAA